UCAUCGGAAGGGCGGGUCGGUCCACCGUCCGUUGACACACUCGAGCAGCCCCGCCAUGUGUGUGGGGAUGUCGGUCCGCAAGGGCGUGGCCGUGUCGAUCAUGUCGUUGAACACCGGCGCGUACCCCCGCCGCUCGUUGCAUAUCACCAGGUGGGAGUCGCCAGGCUGAACACACACACACACACGGACGCGCGCGCACACACACAGAGCAGCUGUGGCCGUGUCUCGCUCUCCAUCUGCUCAUGGCCCGCCGACCUUUCUCAUGAAGAGCGGAAAUGUCUCAGGCUUCUCGGGGUUUGACUUGCCGACGAGCUUUUCGGUGGCCUCGUCGGGUUGUGAGAAUGACCGGAGGAUUCUGUAUGCAGACUCGGCGGAGAGCAUGUCUCGGCAGAGUCCCGCCACACAGUCGGUGAGGGCCUUGCCGGUCUUCCCGAUGCAAUGCCCAAGCUCCUUCUGCUCGUUGCGGCCCAGACUCAUGUAGAAAUCCUCACAAAGCUCACGCAUCUUGUGCGUUAUGGUCGGGCACAUUUCUGAGAGAGAAUGGAAUAAGGCCAUCCAUCCGUGUGGCUGCUGAAUCCUUCUACCAGAAUCCAAUUACUUUGGCAGUCGAGUGUCAUGGUAUCGAAUUCGCCGUCUCGGCACUGAAGCACCUCAUAUUUCUCGCUCGUCGUGUUGAGGUCGAGUGCCAGCACGCCGCCAUAAAGCACAUCCUGCUGGCUCCAGUAGCCAGCGCGGUGGUUCUUCUUGACGCCGUCCUUGUGCCUGCAUGGCACAGCCACAGCUGUGGCACACCCGCCUCGCUGGCUGCCCUGCUGCUGAUAUGUGUAGGUGCUCCCAGAACAAAAAGACCUACCUCUUGGGGUUGCAUUGCACUUUCCGUCUGGUGCCGUGGUCGACGGUCUUGUGUUUGCCGUAUGGCGGGUCGAGUUCCGUCUGAUAGGGGAACACCUGAUACUUUUCUGGCUCGGGAUUGGUCCACUCGGGACACUUCCCUGCAUGACAAGAGAGAGGAAACAACAUACAUGUGAGAUCUCAUGUGGGCCAUGCACGUCCGAUUUUCGGGUGUGCAGCUGACUGCAGCAGUAGAGGUCUCUGUCGGUCCACUCGCCGUCGUUGCACUCGAGCACGUCGAUUGGGCCGUGUGUUCGCAGCUGCUCCUCGUCCCCGACGUCUCCCUCCCACUUAUCGGAGGUCUUGUCGCCAGGCGUCUGCUUGAUCUCGGCCGAGUGUGACUCUGUCAUGCACGCGAUCUGGCGGACGGACUGGUGGUACAUGACUUCCUUGUCGUUGGUCCCCUCCUCGCCCACCAACUUAUACCCGUUCUCGGCCGUCAUGUCGAACGUCUCCUCGGGUGUGCGCAGGCACGCCCCUGCACGUUGCCAGCCAGCCACACACACGUGGAUUGUGUGUGCCUCCUUCUUUGGCUCAUGUAUGGCUCACGUUUGCAGUUCAGUGGGAGUGAGACUGCGAGCGAAGGGUCUGGCCGUGUGUACUUUCCGUUGAAGCAGGUGAGGUCGAAGAAUGCGGCAGGGUCUUUGUUGUGGUAGUAGUGCUCAUCCGUGUUGCACACCUGACGAACCAGCGUGGCGUGGAUGACCUGAUCGUUGUUUGCACCAGCUCGAACUGCAUGAGGACCCAUCGACCGACCGAACAACACGACAUACGCACGACAGAUGAAUGCUGUCUAGUCAGCACCGGGCAUUCAUGUCGCGUACCGACGCUCUCGUACGUCCAUUUGAUCCUCUUCUCAUCCACGGGGAUCAGCGAACCAAACUCGGGACAGUUCUCUGCCCAAAACAAUCACGAGACACGGCGGACACACACAUUUGCUGACCCUCUCUCGGUGUCUCCUCCAUCUAUCUCACUGUAGCAGAUGAUUCGGUUGGCGGUCCAGCGUCCGUCGUGGCAGUGGAUUGUCGCCGACUCCGCCGUGCCCUGGAUGCCCGGCGAGUACCCUUCUGCACACUCGAUGUGCCGAAUCGCACCGGGGGCCGUCACCCGUCACAACAUACGCCUCGGGCGGAGACACAGGCAACGGAUUGCCGCAAUUGGCUACCAGCCGUAGAACGAGAAACACCGCCUCACGCCAUUCGUGCUGUUUGUCGCCUGUUCUGGUUGUUCGUACCUUUGCAGUCGAGUGUGACCUGUGACCAGACGCCGUCUUCGCAGAUGAGUUCCUGCACGCCGGGUGUCGACUGGGUACCCAAGCUGCUGCCCUCCGUGACGAUGGCGCUGCCGGCUGCAGGGGCAUAGCCGUCCUUGCACUCCAGCUUGACAGGGACGUCCGGCGGCGUCGUGGUGCCUGGCUCAAGGCCGUUAUGCAUCGUGGCCACAUAGCGCUCAGACGACACCGGCAGCUCCCCACACUCAGCCUUGCAGAUGAGGUUGAGUGCGGUCAUCUUGCCGCCUGCGCAGUAGAUAAUGGUGGGCGAUCUGGUCUUCUGGAUGGGGAGGGUGGGCACUCCCUUCUUGCUUUUGCCGCACAUGACACUCACGCAGCCUCCACUGGGCAGCAUGUUGCCGUCAGCCACCACGGGAUCCAUCAGCGUCUCCACAAGAUAGCCGUCGGAGUCCUCUAUGUGACUCCGCAAUGGCUUCAGAUCACACUUCUCUGUGUGGAAGGGUGGGUGGACAAACAAGGAAACAAGGCAGUCAGGCGUUGAGACAUGCAAGUACUUGAGGCGUACUUGGGCAGAACAGGGUGGUCGGAGUGAAGGUGCCGUUGGUGCAUGUGACCACAUCGAUCGCCUUCUUGGCCAUGGAGGAGGAUGCGGCACCACUCUCGGUCUUAUUCUGCAUGCCCUUCUUCUUCUCUGCUUUUUCUCUUCCUUCCUCCUCCUCCAUCUCGGCAGCGAUCUCAGCCUCCUGCGGCACACCCUGCACCUUGCCCUCGAACUCCACCCCGUCCACCAGCUUGCACGUGUGCACCGGGGAGGCGUCGGUAUCACAUGACAUUGACAUGACGCUCCCGUGGUCGAAUGACUCGGGCAUCAACGCGUCCCAGAAGUCGCCUGGAGGCGCCAGAGCCUCAGAGGCAGACAGGUUGCCCUGAGCUGCCCACGCGUUGGCCGGCAUGAUCUCGAGAAAAUCUGUCUUGGAGCACUCCUCUACACAGUACAAAUGACACAGAGACAGACAGCUGUCUCACAUCCAUCAGUCGCUUACUUGCGCACAGGAGUGUGAUUGCCGACCACUCUCCAUCGACGCACUUGAUCUGGCCGAACUCCUCCCCCGCGCCCUCCCCCUCCAGCCCGGCCACAGCGUGCCAGUUCUCACCUGGCGUGUCGGAGGUGCGGCACUUGAGGCUCACCUGCGUGCCGUGCGAUGGCUGUGGCUGUUUGGGGUCACUGCCCUUGACGUGCCGCAUGUCCUUCUCGGGCUCCUUCAGCUCGUAUUGGAAAGGGAUGUAGGCCGUGCCGGGCUCCCCAGGGUCCGUCUCGCUCGCCGCAAGAUGCAGGAACGGGCAUUCCUCUGGACAAUAAGACAGACAGACAGACAGAAGGACGGACAGACAGACAGACAGACGGCCCAAGAAGCAAGCGGGAGUAAGGUCGGUGUAUGUAUGUUCUUGGCGUAUCUCAUUACUCACUUCUGCAGACAAGUGGCAGGAAAGUCCAUUGGCCGUCGAUGCACGUGAUCUGGGCUUCCGGGUCCAUUCCCUUGUACGGCCGGUAGCCGGCCGACUGCCAGCACUGCACAUUGCGGAUGGUGCCGUCAGGGAUCAAGGGGCCAGAAUCGUGCGACGCGAGUUCGUAGUUGGAGCGGAAGCCGCCCGCCUCUGUGACGACGUGGGGCGGCGGCGGUGUUUCCUCAUACCCUUCUGCCUGAAUGAGGCAGGGCGGCGCUUUCGUGUCCACGCCACAUAUCUUGGCAGCUUUGGUGACACUCCCCACACAGCAGUUGGCGUUUCCGCCCGGUCGGCGAGAGCAGCCCGAUCCGCCGCACUUGCCGCACCUCUCCGGGCAGCAGGCGUUGGGCCAGUUGGCGAAGGGAGACAGGAUGCCGCCGAUCUCCCGGCACGCCUCCUCGCAGUCCUGCUGACGAUGGCCGCUGCGCUGACAGUCGGCCGGGAGAAUCUCCUCGUGACCCUCGGGUUUCGUUGUCGUCCUGGGCUCCUCGUCACUCUUUCCUCCGGCGGGGGAGGGGGCCUCGUCGGCGCCCUCUUUUUCGUUUGCCUGUAGCUCGGCCAGCCUCUCUCCCAGCUUUUCUUCCUCCGCGUCUCCUGCAGCCGGAUCGGCUUGCAGGAAGGACAUCGGGGGAGGGCUGGCUGCCGUUUGGUUAGCCACCUCGUGUACCCCUGCAUACGCGGUCAAGUUAGCCAGGGCGCGGCGCACCCGUCGUUGUUUCACUUACGUGUGCAGACGGAGGGCUGGUCGACGCCGUGAGGGUUUGUGCAGACCCAACCCGGCUCUACUUUGCACUCGACUGAGCAGCCAUCGCCCGUGCUGUUGUUGUAGUCGUCACACUCCUCAAAAGCAACGGGUGCAAGAUAGCCGUCACCGCACGGACCUGCACACAUCAAUCAUCACGACCGUCAACCGCAGACCGAUGUUGGUCGUCCUAGUCACUGACCGUAUACUUCCACUUCGCAUACAUCGAGACGGCCGUCGUUCAUCUCAUUGCCCGUCUGCCCCUUGCCGCCCACCAGGAAUACAUACUGGCCCUGCAGCGCGCACUGCACGUCAUACCAUCGCGGCGCAUCGCUGCUGUUAGACAUCGGAUUGGGAAGCGACCCACACAGCUGGUUCUCCCGCCAUGUUGGAGAGAAGCCCACGCGCACCUGGACGCCCCAAAGUCUGCACAAACACAACAAGUGAUUGCCAAAGAAAGAUGAAAAGUCUCUUUCCAUCUUCCCAUUGACCUGUCGUUCCACUUGUCUGUGGGGUUCCUUGUGAAGACGCGGACGACAGCGACGGUGCGGUUGUCCCCCAGAUCGACUGCCCACCAAGGCUCGGGUGACGGGUGUAUGUCCGACGUGUGUACACACUCUCCACCCUCGUCGAUGGCGGUGUAGUCGCCAUCGACGGCGUGGUGGGCUGACCACCGCUGGCCCGUGUCGGUCUCUGGGUCCUGAAACGCAGUCUUUCCACUUACAUAGUCUGCGACACGACAAAGGGACAAGCAGACAAGCAGCACGGUGCUUGCUAAUGCUUCGUUGUAUAUCACCGACACCACUUACUUUGCCGGCCGGCUACCAAUGGAGGUCGCAAAUAGAACAAAGAUGGGCGCAAUGGCACACGACAAGCUGUUUUUCUCUUUGCUUACCUCCAUAGGCUUCGACCUCACAAAGAAUGAGACCCUUUCGUGAUGUUUCAUUCAAGCCGCUGGCAAUCCACACAUAGCGCCCCGAGGCUGCCGCCUCGCACGUGACAUUGACCACAGCCUGUUGUCCUCCGACCAGGUCGUCCUCGGGCACCGUGCCGCAGAGAGUGUUGUUGCUGUAGUGCACUGACGACAUGCCCACGUACACUCUCGCACCAGACAGACUGACCAUAGGCAGACAGUCAGACAGACAGACAGACAUCACCGUGUUGGUGCCCACAAGCAAGCAAACGAACUAUUGGCUUUCUGUUAAAACAGUACUCGCGGCGUUUAUCUGCGUAUACGACGACGUCGUUGAUCUCAUAACUCUCGCCGAGGUCGACAAACCACCUGAAUAGAUUACACGCACAAACCCGCAAUACAACGAUUGCUUCACACACAUGUGCAAGACACCAGCGGGAUUGAUUGCAUGGGGCUUACCAUGGACUGGCCUCAGUGCCAUUCGGAUCCGUCUCGGCGCUACAAACACACACAGGAUCCCAUCCAAGCAGGCGGGCAGGCAGGCAGGCAGCCAUGGCAAACAGGCUGGGGAGCACUGACCAAGAUUCUCCUCUGAAGUCCAUCCUUCGAUCGCCGUCCACAGCCCGACCGGCUGUGUGAUUCACGAGUGUGCUGCUUUGAUUAGCAGGCCUCCCUCUGGCAACAUUCUUCCCUGCACACAAGAGACAAAAACAGACACUCAUAAGCAGAAACACACACGCCCGUCCACGUGAUCGACACAUACUUACAUCGUUGGUGUCGCGUGAGGUCCAUCAGCUGCCUGCGCGUGUCGCCCAUCUCCAGGAAGCUGGCAUGGGCAACGACGGGCUCAUCCAGCCAUAUAAUGCGCAGACUCCGCCGUCGUGGCGGGAAUGCCGGAAAGGCAUUCACACUAGUGCCAAUGGAGCACUCUUCGGCCUCGUGUGCGUCGUCGGUGCUGGGGUGCGGCGCUCCUUGUGCUGUCGACGGUGACGGCGCUACACACUGCUGCUGCUGCUGCUGCUGUUGUUCUACGAAGCUUGGCUCGAAGAUGGCGUGUCUGGCCUUUUGCGCUUCUGCGAGGAAGCCUAUCGGUGGCGUCUCGCGCUCCUCCCAUGGCGGCUGGCGGUAAUAGUAGGGCAUGUGGCCGGGGGGCGCUUUGAAGAUGUAGCCUUGACGGUAGGGAAACUCAGCAUCACAGUCCCCUGAAUGGAUGGACAGUCAGAAAGAAAACAAGCAAGACAGAAAGAACUGUGGUCCGCGAUCGACGUGGCAGGCUCAUCUCAUUCAAGUUACUUACUACCGCAUCUUAGUGUCUUUGGCACGUAUCCUCCGUCGAUGCAUUUGAUGACCUCCCAUCCCUCCUUCGGACCCUCCACCCGAUCGAAGGUUGCAGCACAGGAGAUGUGGAACCGACCGUUGUGGCGGUACACCGGGGACUUGCCUGUGGGCGCUUCCAUGGGAACCACAUUGUAGCGGAAGCCGUACUCAGGGGGCACUUUGCAGUUCUCUGCAACAUGCAGGGAAGGUUUGGUUUAAAAAUGAGAUUGCAGUGAUGCGUCCGUCCGCCCCACUGUCUUGUCUUCUGACCCAUGCAGACGAGGAGGAAGGGCGUCCACUUGCCGUCGUUGCAUGUGAAGGUGGAUGGGUCCUCUCCCGUCGCCACAAAGUACCUCUCGGUGCACGUCACUUCGUAGGUCGCGCCGUGCCCCCGCAUCCUCAGCGCCUCAGUCUUGCCCAUCCCCGGAUGCAGUAGCGUCGUGUUGUAACGCACCACAUCCAGCAGUGGAACCUCCGGACAUUGAUCUGAAAGGAGAAAGCCGUGCCAUUGAUUGAUAUGCCCGUCCGAAAAGGUUGCGGUUCGUUUAUUUACUUUUGCAGACGAUGUUCUUGGCCGUCCAGAAGCCGUUGAGACAUACCACCUCGUCCUCUUCCAGCUCUGUCAUGGAUGACGCCACCUCGGAGUCGCACCGGAGGACCCUCCUCGCCCCGUGGAAAGUGGCCCCGGCGUGGGGAAAGGAGUCGACUUUAUAUUGUGAAGGCAGCUCGGGGUAGUCGGGGCACGACUUGGCACACUCAAGCGUCCUGUCAGUCCAGUUGCCGAAGAGACACUCGAGGCGGUUCUUGUUGAUAGAAGGGUAGCCAGUGUCGUUGAGCAACCGGGCAGAAUAGCCCUCCUGGCACGUCAGGCGCACCACGGCGUUGUGGUAGACCCUUGCCGGAAUGACGCCUGUACCGAUCUCCUCAGGGCUGUACAGUCUGGCGUUCUCCUUCCUUUCUCUUCAGCGGAAGGACCACAUCAUCUGAUAGUUGGGCAGACGGCCCAGCGUGGUCAGGGGGGUCGUGUCGCAGGGAGCUGCACAUUCCAUGCUCAGUUUGGAGAACGCCAUCAUGGGAUCCGGGUUGCCCAGACAGAUGACCCUCAGGGGCUCGCGGCUUUCUAUCGCCUCAUUACUCGACGUUGGCGUCAGGUCAGACGGAGAGUAGCCCUUCUCAGCGUCGCAUCUGCAGUGAGGAGAGAAAACCGGCACUGAUGAGGAGAGAGAUGGAUGUGGUAUGCCUUACUUGACAGCGAUCUCGGUGUUCGGGAUGAAGAAGGCCGGAGUAGUAUUGGCACUCAGGACCUUUAUGUCGUACUUGGCCAGGUCGAUAUCGUUGUGGCCGAGGGCGCUGUCGUUGGCGACGGGAGACAUGAUAUUGGCAGGAUGGCCCCAGAACGCCCCGACAGCGUGCGACGCGUUGUGUGAUGCGUUGACCGGCUUUGGAAUCAGCUGCGCCAGGCGAUAGCCGCUGACGAGAAGAGACAAGAGGUAAUCCUUCGGGCAACUCUCUGCACAACCAGAGACACGACACACACGAGGGUGUGCUGGUGCACGGAUGUGAGGUGAGAUGGGUGGGGCUUGCUUACUCCUGCACUGAAUGGUUCGUGCGGUGUAGGCGCCGUCGAUACAUGUGAGAUUCUCGACUGGCGACCCGCUGAUGCUCGAGAAGCCCUCUUUCUCGUCGCACACGAUCUGCCGCUGCGUGUUGUGCCGCACAUCCUGCCCGAUCAAAUUGUAACCCGUCGGAGGCAGCGCAGGCAACUCGCUGCAGUCAGCUGUGAGCCAUACACACGACAGAGACAUCAGACACAUUGAAUGAUCACACGCGGACACCUUUAUGUAUGUACCUCUGCAUUCGAGCUCAAUGGGGUCGUAAGUGCCGUUGUGGCAGAGGACGUUCUGGAACUCCAUCCCUGGUGUGGCCGAGCUGUAGCCGUUGCUGCAGGAUAUCUGCGUGACGUCGCCGUGCCGCUGACCGCCAAAGUUGAUGGCAUAGCGGGGCGGCAGGUCGUUGUAUCCGCUAUGGGCCUUGGAAUUCCGCAGAGGGAACUCCUUAUACGGCGCACAAUUGUCUGCACGGCAGGCACAGGCACACAGCAUGCUCAUGGCAUGCAUACAUGCCAUGCAGCGCACACACACUGAUCGCUGGUUCCUUACAGACGCAUUCGAGGUCCAUGUUGGUCCACUCUCCGCCCAGGCAGAAGAUCCGUGUGGGGUCGUCGGUGCAGUUGAGUCCCUGCUUCCUGCACGAGGCGGCCGCCUCGUCAGGCAGACACCCAACAUCGAUCCAGUCGCCGUGGAAGGUCACAGAGGCCAGCUGGUGCUUGGGGGGCACCGUGCUGAAGUCGCUCCGUGACGUCUUGACGAUCCGGUAGGGAGGGGCGGGCUGCGGAUACCGUGCGCAGCGCACUGACAGACACGGACCAGGAGACGUACAUACAUGGACUGUCCCACAAGGUCGCUUUCCUUCCUGUGGGUCGGAUUACUUUCGCAGCUGAAUUCUCUGGGUUGCCAUCUGCCAUGGAGGCAGUAGAUGAUCGCGAACGAUUUUUCGCCCGACGGAAUGGCCGGUGGGAUGCAGGUGAUGUUUCUAAAGGAGCCGUGCCGCAGCGGCCCGACGGCCCGGGCAGGCUCCACCCUGUACAUGAGCUGACCGAGGUCGGGGUACUCGGGACAGUCCUCUAAUGGGCAGAACACACAACACACGAGGAAUGAAUGGACAGAUGAUCACCCUCUCGUGUGUCUCGGUGUCACUGACUGUAGCAGUGAAGCCCUGGUCGUGUCCAUUUGCCGUUGAUGCACUUGACGACACGAGGCUCCUCCGGCACGCCCUCGGCCGGGGUGGUCUGCUGCUUGCACACCACCUUCAGAGUUGUGCCGUGCUUCUUGGUCUGGGAGGGACCCGCCACCAAGUACUGCUGGUUGCUCGGAUCGGCGUCCAUGAAGAGCGUCUCGCAGUCCUCUAUUCAAGGGAGGAAAAAGCAGCGGAAGCAGCGCAGAUGGAGCCCAGCCAUGCUAUAUGUGCUUUAUUUACUUUGGCAAGUGAGUUGUGGGUGCGCCCAAUUGCCGCCCUCCUCGCACGUGAUGAUCUCUUUGUGCAGGAAGCGGAAGGCCGAGGUGAACCCCUGCUGGCACUCGAUGUAGCGGUAGUCGCCCACCUCGCGCCCCAUGGAGCCCUCGCCCACCACCAGCUUGAGGCGAUUCUCCUGAAAUCUGUGGUAGCCCUCGUACUUGGGCCACGCCGGACACAUCUCUGCACGCGUCGAAGCAGGCACGAUAAAGUGAGGGUGAGACAGCCGCGUGUGGGUGUGACGUACUUUGGCAGUUGCAUGAGCAGUCGUCUUCGCCGUCACAUUCCUCCAUGCCGGUCUUGACGCCAUCGCCACACACAUCCUUGCGCACUGUGGCGGUCAGCAACAAGCAUACCAUCCAUCCAAGCAUCCAUCCAUCCAUCCAACCAUCCUCAAUUGCUGUCAUCCAUUUCUGCCUACCGAGGAUGUUCUGUUCGAUCUCAUCUACAGCCUGAAAGAGCGAGGUCUCGUCGAAGCCCCUGAAGCGCACAGCCAGCAGCUGGAUGUCGCCAUUGUAGCACUGCCGCUGUCGGACGUCGCAGCCGACGUGCAGCCGCCCGGCCUCGGUGAAGUCCGCGUCGGUCUCCCUCAGGUUGAUGAGCGUCCCCACGCCAUUCAGGGGAUCCUUCUCGCGAUAAAGGGUCAGCUGGACAGAACGAGACACACACGAGUAUUGCCGUGAGAUGAGCAGGCGUCAGUGGCUUCAUACGUAGGGAAGUGUACCUGGAUGGUCCCCGGGGAGUGUGGUCUUACUGAGACGACGUAGAGGGCGGGGCGGCCCCAGCACGCCUCCACCUGCACGUGCUUCUGCUGGGGGCCGGCUGUCUUGCCGAUCAGCACACCAAACAGCAUGUGUCCGAUGCGCUUCUUCGGAUCGGGAGCCACAUACACCUUAAAGCCUGGACAAGACGUCAGACACAUGCCACCCAUGCCACCGCCAGCCCAGUCUGCAGUGGAGUGAUGUGCAUGCCAUGCCUGUCUCGCUGUCGAGCAGGAUGCUCUGUCGGGUUGUGGUCUCCCGUGAUAGGUCGAUGUACAUGAAGACAGUGAAGCCGGGCUCCAAGAUCUCCAGAUUCAUACCGACGUGAAACGUGGACAAAUUGCUGACAAGGAACGGACCAUCACGGCCGCCAUUGCCACCAGAAAAACGCACGCCGAAGCUGACAGAUAAAAGGGAAAAGGGAGCAGACAGCAGAGGUGCCAAGGACUGAGUCGUGUUCAGCUUACCCUUCUGAGAAGAUGGGGGCCUCCUGCCCUUCCUCUGGGAUCAUCGUCGCGGCCAGCCUCUUGGGGUUGCCUGCAUCCUUCCACCUGAACACCUGCCCCGACGUGGGGUUGACCUUGACAUACUCCCGGGCGGCAAUCAUCGUUAGCCCCUGGAGCGUCAGCACUUUGAACGUCUCGUCGAUGCCCUCAACGUCGAUCGGCAGCACAGGAUCGGCUUGCCUCUCGUGGUGGGUCUGCGCAGAGCGGCCUCUACGCCCCUGUGUGUUGGUGUGGUGUUGGUGUAGGAAGGAGCUCUGGGCGGCUGGCCGCGUCUCGUUGAGUGCGAUAAAGGACGGAUAGAACGGUCGGAAGUGCGGUGGUGGAUGCGAUGAUGCAUGCGAUGUUGUCGGCCUUGUUUCGAUAAAGGACAGAUCGUUACGGUCUCUUCUUUCUGAAGGCAUCCGUACCGACAGCCGGUGGUUGACGCUGAGUGCGCCAAAGGGACACACAACCGCGACGAGACCCGCAGCCACUGCAGUGAGCAUCACCAUGCGCUGCACACAACACAUACGCACAUUCUUGAUGGCAGUAGCUAGUACAUGAGCAGAGCGCCAUACCAUGUACGGCAGCCCUCGCGCCGCGAGAAGCCGCCUUCUUCUCUUGAUCUUCGGAGGCGGCAUCUGCUCAUUCCCGCAGUGCGUUGGGGGGGCUGAGGGCUCACCGCAUUCAGCUGACGUGGGCUGUGUUCUGACCAU